AAUAUUAUUUAUUUACCAAAUUUUUAAUUGAGAAAAUGAACAUAAGUGCCAAAUGUAAUGAAGAAGCUGCAUUAAAUGUAGUGUCAUUACAAUUGAAGAAAAUAAAAGAUUCUUUAACAUGUGUUGUGUGCAAAAAUUUACCAUUUAAUCCUUUAAGAAUAAUAACUUGUUCACAUAGUUUCUGUGAUGUUUGUAUUCAAACCAAAAUCGAUUGCCCAAUCUGUAAAAAACCAUUUUCAAACGAAAAUUUAUUGGAAAAUGUUUAUGCUAAACAUCAAAUUCAAUGUUUAUUCCGUAUUGAAGAUAUAAUUAAAAAUAGAAGCGAUAAAAAUGAAAAACAAAAUACAUCCAAAAACUCGACUAAAAAAAAUGAAUCGAUAAGUGAAUAUUCCAGUCCCACAGAAAAUGGUCCAAUUGAUUUACCAAAUGGAUUCAGGAAUACUUUGUAUCCAAAAAUUGUAUGUUGUCAUAGUGUAAAGAAGGAACCUAUGGACAUAAAAAAACGUAAUAAAGUUGGAGAAACCGUACUUCAUAAAGCUUGUAUAUCGGGAGAUAUUGAAAUAGUCAAAAAUUAUAUUACCAAUAACAUAACUGUGAAUAUUCCAGACAAUUAUAAUUGGACACCAUUGCAUGAGGCCUGUAAAGCUGGACAUUUAAAUAUUGUGAAAUUACUAUUGCAAGCUGGAGCCAUUAUUAAUGCACCAAGCAAGUCAUAUGAUACACCUCUUCAUAUUGCAGUUAAGCAUGCGCAUCCAGAAAUAGUUAAAGAAUUAAUAGAAUCUGGAGCUGAAAUUCAAGCUAGAACUUACGAAGGUGUCACACCUUUAGAUCUUGCAAAUGAGAAACUAAAGGAAGUAAUAGAAAGUACAAAACUGGUCAGAAAUAAUCAACCAAAAAUCAUUUUAUUACCAUAUAAUAUAGAUCUUAUCCUCAUGCCAGACAUCAAAACGAAAGUUCAAGCAAUAACGAAUGAAAACUUCAGUUUUAAAGUUUUAAAAACCAAUGUAACGUUCUCAAAUAAAAAUACUGUCUUGAUAGUGGCAUCGCAGUUAUGUGAUGUUUCAUUUGUAAUCCUUAACGCAAUAUUACACGGAUUAUGGAUUGUUAAACUUGAUUGGUAUCAUGAAUGUUGUAGAAUCAAAAAUGUUGUAGAUCCUACAAGUUAUGAAAUAACCAGCACCAGAAAUUUUCCGAAAAGUAAUGCGGCCAGAAAAUCAAGAUUAUGUCAACAGUUAUUGGGUCCAAAAUUAUUUGAUGGAUGUAAUUUCUAUAUACACGGUCUAAAAUAUGAAGAUAAGGCUAAUAAAUUAACACUUACAAAACAAGAUUUGAUUAAUUUAAUAUUAGCAGGAAAUGGUACAAUUUUAAAACGAUGUCCACGCCCAGAAUCUCUAUCGGACCAAAAGAAGUGUUUUCCUUUUCAUGCCCGUGGAAAGUUAGAACAAUGCGCAAAUUAUAUUAUUUAUUUAGGUGACCCAUUACAGCCAGAAUACCGAUUUCCUGAAAUUCAUACUUUACACGUUUCUUGGUUAUUGAAAUGUAUUCAAAUUUUUGAAAUUUCUUAUUAAAAUUUUUUCAAGCACAAC